AUGAAGUUCCUGACCCUAUCGUUGGCACUUGGCCCCUGUGCUGUCUCCGCGAUAGCCUCAUUGCCCCCUACCGCCACCAUUGACACCGGCCCCCUUGUCGGCGUCACGACCAACUUGCCCGGUGCUCUCGGGCCGGUCAAUAAGUUCCUCGGCGUUCCCUACGCUGCACCCCCCGAGCGAUUUAGCCUCCCCCGGCGCCCCACGCCAUGGACCUCUGCGAGGAAUGCGACGGCUUUCCAAGCCUCUUGCAUCCAAUACAUGGUCGACGCUGAUGUCGGUCCUGGCCGGGACGUCAUCGAUGGGCUUUUUAACACGCACCCCCGAGAGAGCGAAGACUGUCUAUACAUGAAUGCUUUUACGCCGGCGACGCAAGGGCCGCCCGAGGGUCGCGCCGUCGUGGUCUUCAUCCCCGGAGGUGGCUGGCAGUUGGGAAAUGGCCUGCUGGACCUUUCUGGGUUCGCCGGCUACGAAGACAUUGUGGCCUUUACCUUCAACUACCGCACAAACAUUUUUGGCUUCCCCAAUGCCGCAGAGAUAGGCCUCAGCCAGAGGAACUUAGGCCUCCAUGACCAGCGCCGUGCCCUCGCCUGGGUGCAGGCCAACGCGAGAGCCUUUGGCGGGGACCCAAAAAAGGUCACCAUCUGGGGCGAGUCGGCCGGGGCUAUGUCCGUCGACCUUCACAUGCAGGGCUACGCACAGGCGCGCCCGCCUCCCUUCCGGGCGGGGAUCAUGUCCAGCGGCCAAAUGUCCUUUGGCUUGCUUUCCAUCACGAACAGCCCUCGAGACACGCGGAGCUGGGACAAUCUCGCGGGAGAGGUUGGAUGCAGAGGAAACAGCAGCCUGGCCUGUAUGCGGAGAGUCCCGGCCAAACAGUUGGUCGAGGGCAUGGCCAAGGCAAACAUGACAGCCCUUCCCAUCGCCGACAACUUGACGGUUCCCGCGAAUCGAGCGGCGGCCUGGAGGGACGGGAGAGUCGCCAAGGUGCCGGUGUUGAUGAGUACCAUGGCCCAAGAAGGACGGGCCCUGGUGAAUCGCAACAUCACGAUGCAACAAUUUGUCGGGACGUACCUCCCCGAGACCCUGGUCACUCCCAAGCAGCGGGACGCCAUCGUGUCUUUGUACCGAAGCAAGCCAGGCCUUGAGUCCGACUUUGACGUGGCCGCCGCCAUCUAUACGGACUUGCUCUGGCAAUGCCCGCAGCAGAAUCUGGCCAACGUCUCGGCAUCCACCGGACUCGCAGUCUGGCGCUCGUACAUCAACGCCUCGAUCGCCGAGCUCCUCCCCGAACAGUUCCAGUUCCUAGGCAAGUUCCACGGGGGGGAUGUCGUGCUACUCUUCUCGACCCCGACGUUUGAAGGCGGAGGCGGCGGCGACGGCUUCAAGCUGACGCCGCAGCUGUACGCCUUUGCCAACUAUUUCCGGGGCGUCAUCGGCACCUUUGUUCGGAACCCGCACGGCGGUCCGGGCUGGCCAGCUGUAGGGUCGUCGUACGCCCCCUUUGACGUUGUGGCUCUCGGCGACGUGGGCGAGCAGCGCAGCGCCGGGGCCACGCCCGUGAACCAGACGACGUUGGACGCGGACUGUGCCGUCUUCUCAGACAUUUACCCGCUUGUCGAGAAGUUUCUAUCCGUGUCUUGA